GUGAGCUUGGACAUGUUUCCUUCCUGUUUCUUUCAUUGCCUGUCACACAGGACACGCUUACAGAUACACAGUUCUUUUGUACCUCAACCUGCUCCAUGACAUUCCAGAGAGAGGAGUGUACGGGGCUGUCAGAUGGGAGUUAGACUGGAUGGAUCAGAUGUGAUUUACUACUCUGAAAGUGUUUUUGGCAUUGACAGUAAAGUGAAGACUGUAAGAGAGCACAGGAAAGAGAAACAACAAACAGCACUCAGAGGUCCCUUUGUUGUUGUUUUUGCUGUGAGCUGCCAGAGAAGGGCAGGGGGAGGGGUCAGGGGAGGAACCAGCAACCUCAGACGGGAAGUUGAGCAGAAGUUGAGCAGUACAAGUAAAACCUGCCGAGCAUGGCUCCUGUUUGGAGUUUACCUUCACACAUGAUGGGACUUCAUUUGUUUGAGCUUUGAUGUCUUUCAGUCUGUCCUGCCAUGAAGACCUGCUGAAAGAGAAAGUCCUUAAAUUAUAAUGGAUCCUCCUCAAAGAAGAAAUCAUCCGAUCCAGAGACAAAAUGCAAGUGAAACUGAUACCCCGUUGCCUCUGAGAGAUGACCUGCCAGCUACACAUCUUUAUUAUGAAAUCCUCCCAGGAAACGAUGAUGCUCAUCUGUAUGAGAGAACUUUGGGUGGGCCCUUCAGCCCGACUGAGACCCAACCCAGACCUCCGGGGCCUGGAGGUCCUGAUGAGAGGAAACAGCGGCCUACAAACGGUCCUCCACCGGUUCCAGUCAGAAACAGGCUUUGCAGUGCACCGGUUAACCCGAUGCGGGGACCCCCCCCCCUUCCCCCGAGGACCCAUCUGCCCCUCAGCAACAUCAAAAAGCAGCUCUCCUGUGACCCCCCUGAGCCUGUUCACAAACUUAUACGCUCCCGAACUGUAGUAGAAAUUCAGGAUCGUUGGACUAUCAAACUAAUGGACUCUCCAGAAGGCAGCACCAAGACAUUGGCUUGUUUUUCAGCCACAACAACCAAGCUGAUGAGGCAGUACAAACACUCAGACCGGGUUCACAACUCCGGUGUGGUGUGGGCUCGACUGUCGCAGAUCCAUCCGGCCUUGCUGCAGCAGGUGGAGGUGGACGUUAGUGUGUCCACUGAUGGGGACAAUCGCCAGCUUCCUCUGCCCACAGCAUUGAACAGGAAGGUGAAGAGUCUGAUUGACGAAAUCCUCCAGCUGCUAGACUUUGAUCCCAACCAAAGUGGGCAUUACGUUUUAAAACUAUGUGAUAGAGAGGAGUACCUCAGAAAUGAUGAGCUGCUUGGUAUGCACGAGGUGGUUCAACUCUACUCAAAGUUAAAGCUUGUGAUGCAACUUCGACUCAUACACCUGAACAACCUAAACCCCCCUCUGGCCAGAGAUGCUGAAGAUGACAAAACCGUCUGCCAACUUUACCAGUUACUGCGUCCAGUGGGUUUCUACAACAUCAGCAAGCUGACCUUGCAAGAUCUGAUCAAUAGUUACAACAAAGAAGUGGCAGGGCUCAUGAGAAAUAAGUUUGAGAUGAAUAUUAAUAUGAUUGUGAGUAGUGUUCGCACUAUCAGCAAUCUUUUGUUGGGGAUAUCAAGUCAAGACUUGGAGAAUGCAGUGGGCGGACUCAACAGAAUCAAACCUAUAGCCCUGAGUCAAGAGGAGAUGUCUAAUUGUGAUACUGCUAUUAUGAUGCUUCACGGGGCACUGUUAAAAGUGCUGCAGAUAUAUUUCGACAACUUCCAUUCAGACUUCAGAGUCCAGAAUGUAACCGGAAUCCCCCAAAUCUGUGACGCUGACAACAACAGCGAAAUCCUGCAGUUCAACAUUGGAGCCUUCUACAAGCUACAGCCCACCUGGAUAACCACCUAUGAGUCUUUUUCGGUCACCUGUGACUUGACAUAUGGAGAAACCAAUAUCUGUGACACCGGGAUUUCAGAAAACAUCAGCACCGCCUUGUCACAUGGAAACAAGAUCCUGUGUAACCGCAUGAUGGUGUUCCCUGUGCCAGUGAAUCAGCUUCCAUAUGAGUGCAUGCUGACAUUUCGCCUGAAAGGCUCAAAGCGAGGCAAAAGCUCCGAGCUUUUGAGCUGGGCUGUACUGCCCCUGUACAACGACAGGAAUCUGGUGAGGGGAAAUGUCCUGCUCAGUAUGUCCACCUUAGCUGAGGUGGCACAUCCACCCUCCCCUGCGCUCUACGACAGCCACAGACAACCCAUGGGCGUCACACUUCAGCUUGAGUUCCGGGAUGAAUUUGAGUGGGAGUAUCAGAGACCCAUCGCUCUCCCAGGGUCGAUCAUGUUCAGCCAACCAUGUGAUGAAGUGGAAAAGAAAAUGUCAGAGGUUUCUAAGAAGCACUGCCUCCGCUUUCUGACAGAGAAUGAGAAGGCCUUCCUGUGGAGUAAACGCUAUUUUAGUGACAAAGGAAACACCUUCCUCCACCUGCUGCUCAGUGGAGUCCCACGAUGGCAACCUGAAGACUUGACAGAAAUCUAUACAGUUGUUGACAACUGGCUCCUCCACCUACCUGAGGAGGCCCUCUUCCUGCUCACUAACAGUUUUCCAGAUCAGACUGUCCGAAAGGCUGCGGUUCAGUAUUUUCAACAGAUACCAGAUGGAGAACUGGAGCUGUUCCUUCCACAGCUGGUCCAGGCUCUGAAAAGCGAGUGGAAAUUGGACGGACCCCUGGUGACGCUUCUGUUAGAGAGAUCCCUGAAGAACAUACGAAUUGCACAACAACUCUACUGGAUGCUGGAGGAUGCCCGUACCAACCCCUACUAUCAGAGCUGGUUCAGUAAAAUUCAGGGGGCCCUGCGGCACUGCUGUGGUCGAGCGCUGAGGCAGGAGCUGGAGAAUGAGGCGCGCCUGGUUCAUGUGCUUGUACACGUGGCUGAGCAAGUCCGCAAUGCAGACAAAGCUCGACGUAAGACUGUUUUGAGCAAAGAAAAGACGACUAUCGGGGAGUUCUUCAGAGAUGGGAUCAGCUGUUGUUUACCCCUGGACCCUGCAGUCUGUGUGAAGGCAGUUAAUCUGGAUGCUUGUAAGUUCUACAACUCCAACGCUGCUCCUCUGGGCAUCCCAUUCAUCUGCAAUGACCCUCUGGCCAAGCGCAUCAGUGUCAUCUGCAAGACAGGAGAUAACCUCCGUCAAGACAUGCUGGUUCUUCAGAUAGUCCGUGUGAUGGACUCCUUGUGGCUCCAGCACGGGUUAGACCUCCAAAUGAUCACCUACAGAUGUCUUUCAACAGGCGAAGCUCAGGGCCUGGUAGAAGUAGUGCCAGAGGCAGUGACUCUGGGAAAGAUUCAUCAGGAGUGGGGACUGAGCGGGACCCUUCGAGAGGACACACUGGAGAAAUGGUUCCAUAUGUGGAACAAAACCAAGGAGGACUAUGAAAAGGCCGUGAUGAACUUCAUCCACUCCUGUGCAGGGUGGUGUGUAGCCACCUUCAUCCUGGGGAUCUGUGACCGCCACAACGACAACAUCAUGUUGAAACACAGUGGACACAUGUUCCACAUUGACUUCGGCAAAAUCAUGGGCAACGCACAGAAGUUUGGCAGCUUCAAAAGGGACAGAUCCCCCUUCAUCUUCACGUCUGAGAUGCAGCACUUCAUCACAGGUGGGGGGAAGAAGCCCCAGCGUUUGCACCGCUUUGUGGAGCUCUGCUGUGAAGCUUACAACAUAAUCAGAGCGCGCUCUGCGCUUAUACUCAGCUUGCUGGAACUGAUGCUUAAUGCUGACAUGCCAGAGCUGAAGGACUCUAAUGACCUGCAGUACGUACAGAACAACCUCAGACCUCAUGACACAGAUCUGGAAGCCACCUCUUACUUUACAAAGAAAAUCAAAGAGAGCAUGGACUGCGUUGCUGCUAAGUUUAACUUCUUCACCCAUGCCAUGGCUCAGGGGAAGAAACAAGACACCCUACGCCGAGACUCCAUCCCUGCCCCUAGCAACAACAUCCAGGAAGCUCUCAUACAGGGAUACCAUGUCAGGGGAAAAGAAGUGAUCUAUGACCUGAAAAUAUCCAUAAACGAUGGUUUUCUGAUAAGUGAGAAAACAUUGGGUCAGUUUGAAGCUAUUCAUAAACAGCUGCAGAAACAUUUCAUUGAAUCGAAGCUGCCUCAGUUUCCUAGCUGGUAUCAGAUGUCAUUCACCCCGCAAAGGAGGAUGGGUCAGCUGAAUAAUUACCUCAAAGACCUUUUUGCAGGACCAUGCAAAGGAGAUGAGUAUGUGUGCAGCUUGUUUUUGGAUGGCCCCAACAAAACAUAUGAAGGUGUUGCAACAGGAGCCUGUCCUCAGAUCCAGCUCACCAUCUCUUACUCUGACCCCAAGCUCUCAGUUAUGGUGAAACACCUGAAGAACAUUAGACAUGCAAAUGGCUGUAACCCGGAUGCCUAUGUGGUCACCCGUCUGAGACCAGACCCUCAGCAGAGCUCAAAGAGGAAGACAAAGGUGGUCCGCAAUAAUGACAGCCCCAUCUUCAAUGAGCUGCUGACAUAUGAUCAUGUCCCACUGCUGAGUGGGAUGGUAUUGGAGGUCACAGUAAAGAGCAAGAAGAGCAAGAAGACUUAUGCGGCUACAGCCAGCAUUGAACUGGAUGAUGAUGUGCUCUCCAAGGACAUGUGGUUCCCCCUUCGGGACUACGUAAUCUGAGAUCUGCACUGCAGGCCUGCUGCCAGCAGGGGGUGCCAUCACAUCGAACCAGAUCAUCUGUUCAGACGUUUUUUUCCCCCUUUUUUUAUUCCAUUUUACUAAUCCUUAAAAAGAGUCAGGCACCUUAUAGGAGGUAAAAUGUACUGUACACUGAAUGAGUGUCAUUUGUACUGUUUAGAACACAAUAACUUUGUUACUCCAGAGUUGAAUCCUCUGGCACAGGAAGUUGUUGUUUGAAUGAAUUUACAAGGCUGAGAUGUCUAUGUAAGGGGCUGUUUACUUUUAAAGAAUAAUUCAUCUCACUAUUGUUUUCCUUUUUUGCUCAUCUUACUUGCACUUAAAUUUUUGUCCUGUAAUUAUUUUUCUCCUUUCAUAGUAAAAAAAUAGAUAAAAAGCAUGUUUAUCUAUGAGGGAUGGAGACUGUUGAUGUGACAGAUUAGGCAGGAAGCGAAAUUUAGAAAAAGCCUGCUUACCUGUCCAGAUUUAGAGUGUUUGUCCCUCCCGGCUGUGUUAACUGGAUGUCCUUGACCCACGAAAUUGAAGUGGGGGUGAGGACAGUGUGUGAGCAGGGUGACAACGGCCUGUUGGCCUAGGGGCCUGAGUUAACACUGUGCCCCUCAUUCUAUCCCCUGGCCUAUCCAUCAGUGGCAUUCAUACACAACCAAGAACAUGUACAGUACGCACAAACCCACACAAGCAUGCACGCUCACAGGUUUUUGGCUCAGGACAGCCAUCAUAUUAUCUUAAUUCCAUCCCUGUCUUGACAGGCCUGCUGACCCAUACUUUUCUUUGCCUCAUCAAAGGAUUUAGUGAUGAACAAGGAUAGAAAUAGACUUCCCUGUACUGGAUUUGGUUCAAUAAUGUAUACCCCUUUGAGGCUAUUAAUAUUAUUCCCUGAUGGGUCUCUCUCUGGGGAAAAAAGGCUGGUUGCUUCUCUUUGAUAAUUGUAUUCAUGGAGUAAAAUUGGUAUCACUCACCAGUUUCAGCCCUAAUGUAUGAGUUGUAUCUACUAUUUUGGAGUUGAUGAUUAAUAGAUAAUAAAGAUUUCUGGUAGUUUGGUACUUUUACCAAAAAAAAUCCCUUCAGUAAAAACAUCAUUUAUCCCUAUUCUAUUUUGUUUGUCUUUUAAAGAAUGUGUUAAUAAUUUGAGAGUUUUAAGCGUAGAAGUAUCAUUUAUUUGUCUUUUCAGAACUGUUGUUCAAGUAUCAGGUGCAGCCAGUAGAAAAGAAAAAUGUCUAUUUUUGACAAUAAACUAGUAUUUAUAUCUAACAAAAUGUUGCUUUAAGAUUUAUUUAUUUGUAUUUAUGUUUUCUGUUUGUGCUGUUGUUGCUGGUUCAAACAUGCCUAUCUUUCAGUUGGCAAGUUGUUUGUGUGUGUGUGUCUGUGCGUCUGCGCCUGUAUGUCUGUGAGACUCUGAUAUGGAGAGCUGUUUUUAGGAAUACCAGACAAAGACAAAGAGAGAA